AUGAGUCAUCUGCAUCUCAAAAAUAAUAGACAUAAAUUUCAACCAGCUUAAUCAUUAUUGCCUCCAUUAAUUUAGAAGUCAUUAUUACAAUAAGCCCAUUUAGAUGAUAAAAUAUUGCCUCUGUUUUAUGAGUAGAUAAUAUUUUUGGUGUAUACAUCAAAAGACAGUAGCUAUUUUGAAUACAGUAUUGAGCAUUAUUCCCAUAGAAUUGAAUUCAUAGCAAAAUCUAUCCAAUUACAACUAAAUAAAUAUGUGAUAACACAAAAAGAGUAGCAACACUAAAAUUAUUAAAGUGAUUAUUCAAGUCCUUUUGUGCAAGCUGCACGUGUCUUUUCAAUAUAAGCUUUAGUAUAACUGCAUGAAUUGAAAUUUACAUUACUAGAUGCAGAACAAACACAAAUUAAAUUAAAAUUUGGAUAUGUUGUGCUUGAAGAAGAUUAUAAAUAUAUGUUUAGAAUACAAGAACUUGUUAAGGAAGCAUUUGAACAUCUAAUCUAAUAGCAGAAGAUGGUAGAUUUUAAUUAAAUCCUGAAAAAAAGGAAGCUUGUCUUAUCGAGCAUCAAAUAUUCACUUAUAAAGUGUAUGUAAUGUUGA